AUGGCUUAUCUUCAAGCCGAACUGUUGCUGGUGCACCUUUUCGGCUUCCAAGUCAUCGCAGCAGCAGGUGUCAAGAACUUGUUCCACACUUCGAAGAAUGUUUAUGAGCUCGAUGCCACGAAAGUGGAGUCGGAGAUUGCAACUUCCAGGAGCCCAUGGGUGGUGAUGUACUAUGCCGAUUGGUGUCCACACUGUCACCACUACGCGCCAACAUUUGAGAGGAUUUCUGGUGCGGUGUCGCCUCUACAUCAAGGGUCCGUGCGCUUUGGCGCUUUGAACUGUCCGGACUUCCUGGCCUUUUGCAUGAAGAUCCAGAUCACUGGCUACCCGAGUGUGCGGACCUACCACUUCAAAGGUGAUACAGGCUCACCUCUGGGAGGCAAGACUCCUGACAGGAAGAUUGUUCAUUCUGAGCAGGACUUCACUGCCUGGAUACGGAAGAACAUGCCUUCCAAGUCCGGGGCGGAGACGGCCAAUCUCACCGUGCUGGGUCUGCAUACGGUGCCAGCAUUGCCUGCAUCAUCGUCGAGCAAGCCAGGCGUGCGUGGUAUGCGGAGCAGCGAGGCUCCUGCCACGUCGAUCGCAGCUGACAGCGUCCUUCAUCAGAGAGAGGUUCUGCGAGAUGCUCUUCCGGCUCUUCAUUUGGUUGAUGCGGAGGUUGCAAUCUUGUAUUCUCUCAGCCAGGGUGCCUUUCUGAAAGGCAGUGAGGAUGGAAAGCUUACAGGCGACAAUUUGGGUGAACUCCUGCGUUGGCUGGACUUCCUUGGUGGCCGUUUGCCAGGCUCUGGCCAGCGCGAUCUCAAGGCAUUGGCUGAAAAGACCCGUGAGGCUAUUAGCUCUUCUGCCACGGGGGACGCGCUCUCUGUGUCCGAUUUCCAGAAACUCCUUGCGAAGCAUGGGCUGGACAGAGCACCUCCGGAGGCUGGCAUCAAGCCAGAUGCUUACUGGCGACGCUGCAAAGGUUUCACGUGCGGACUGUGGACCCUUUUUCACAUACUGAGCCAGGCCCGAGGUAUUCAGCCCGAGAUAGCUGGGCAGGAGCUGCUGACGCGCAUCCGCGGUUUUGUGUCUCAUUUUUUUGGCUGCCAGCAGUGCCGUGAGCAUUUUCUGGAGGCUUUCGACUCCUGCAAGUUUGACCAUUGCCACCUUAGGGCUGAUGACGAUGCCGGCGCAGCACUCUGGCUGUGGAAGAUGCACAACGACGUCACCCUGCGGGUAGCAGCUGAGAACAACCGAAACUCAGCCAAAUUGCUGCAGAUUUGGCAGCCGGUGUUGUCGGCACUAUGCUGUGACCUGCAUGGUGCCAUAGUGUGA